AUGUUAGGCGUGUCAGAAAGUUUAAGGUUCGCCAUUAUAGUUAGGCGAUCCGGUUCGGGCGAAAAGAUAAAGGCUCAAUCGGUGUUAGAGUGUGAACGUAGUGGGAAGUAUGUUCCAGCCAAGAAGAAGUUGAAAUCUGAUUCGUCCGGAACGAGAAAAUGCGAAUGUCCAUUCCGACUUCGUGGUUAUUACAACAAGGAAACAAAGCUAUGGCGUUUAACUCUUGUCAACGGUAUGCAUAACCACGAGUUGGACAAAGGGCUUGAAGGACAUCUCGUGGCGGGUCGUUUGAAACCGCAGGAGAAGGAUUUUAUGGACGAGAUGACAAGGAAUGUGGUGGCUCCAAAAAACAUAUUUUCCACAUUAAAGGAAAGAGAUCCAGAGAACAAGACCUCGGAAAAGCAAGUGUACAACGCUCGUCAUAGGUACAGAGCUAAAAUGAGGGCAUCCAUGACUGAGAUGCAACAAUUAUGCAAAAAGCUUGACGAUAACAAAUACUUAUUCAAGUAUCGGACGGUUGUUGAAGAUGGAGUUGAACAUCUUCAAGAUAUAUUCUUUGCACAUCCAAGAUCCGUAACGUUGUUAAAUUCUUUUCAUACUGUGUUGAUGAUGGACUCCACAUACUAA